UCCUUUUUCGCGGUUGUAUUGCGGAGACCAUCUCAAUGCGUAGAUGCUCCGCCGUACCCGUCUGCUGCCGAGGAUCUCCCGAGAUGAUCGCCGUUGCAUAUCGUCAAAAAGUCCCAUCAUGGGUUGGGCAGCCCAGGCCAGUCUUUGAUUGCAUUUUGUGACCGCCACAAAGUUUCCCCCAGACCACGCGACACCACGAUCAGUGAUCAGUGACUCGGAUUUGAGAAGUUCAUCAUUUGUACCUACGAGCACUUCUCAGCAACCUCGACACCUGCAGCUGCGCCGCCUAGCUCGCCAUCGUCGACUCAUUGAUUCGCUAUCUACGGAGUACUUGACGCCAUCCCACCGCCACCCACUCUCCGCCCCAAAGUCACACAUCUCACACUCAUGUGCUCUAACGCUGCACGAUCCUCCUCAUCUGCGCUGCGGUGAUGAGCGACCUCGACAAAGCCAUUGCGCAAUUGCGCGCGUGCCGCCCCAUCCCCGAACCCCAAGUGCGCGAACUCUGCUACAAGGCGCGCGAACUGCUCAUCGAAGAAGGCAAUGUCGUCUGCGUCGACGCCCCCGUCACCAUCUGCGGCGACAUCCAUGGCCAGUUCCACGAUCUCAUGGAACUCUUCCGCGUGGGCGGCGACGUCCCCGACACAAACUAUCUGUUCAUGGGCGACUUUGUGGACCGGGGGUUCUACAGCCUGGAGAGUUUCCUGCUGCUCCUGUGUCUGAAGGUCAGAUACCCGGAUCGCAUCACCCUUAUCAGGGGCAAUCACGAGUCGAGGCAGAUCACCACCGUCUACGGGUUCUACGAUGAAUGUAUUAGGAAAUAUGGGAGUGCGAACGUCUGGCGGUAUUGUUGUGAAGUGUUUGACUAUCUGGCGCUCGGGGCGUUGAUUUUGGGCGCGACGACCGACGUCCCACCUCCGACAGGCGGCAUGGCGUCUUCCAUGAACGACAGCAAUACGCAGUCUACCCUCCCGUCGGAGGACGAAGACCUCGAGUCCGAGGUCCUCAACGCCAACGGGGAACUCAUCUCCAAGACCCUCCGUCGCCAGUUCGCCGGCCUCUCGAUGAGUUCGCAACAAUCACAAGCCUUCUCUGACGGAAGUCGAAUAUCUCCCGCUCCGGACGUCGACCUCCCGUCAUCUCUUGACGCCUCUCAGUCCUCACCCAGCCAACCACCUCCUUCGCUCUUCCAACCUCCUACCUCUUCGACCGGCGCAGUCCUCUGCGUCCACGGCGGUCUAUCGCCCCUGGUUGAAACCGUCGACAAAAUCCGUCUCAUUGACCGUAAGCAAGAAGUCCCUCACGAGGGCGCAAUGUGCGACCUCCUCUGGUCCGACCCGGACGAGAUUGAAGGAUGGGGGCUCAGCCCGCGAGGCGCGGGAUUUCUCUUUGGCGCAGACAUUGUGAGGCAUUUCAACCACAACAACGACCUGUCAUUGAUUGCGCGGGCGCAUCAGCUGGUCAUGGAAGGGUACAAAGAGAUGUUUGACAAGACGAUCGUCACCGUCUGGAGCGCCCCGAACUACUGCUACCGGUGCGGCAACGUGGCCGCGAUCCUCGAGCUGGGCGAGGACGGGUCGAACGGCGGCUGCAUUCAGAGGGCCAACGGCGACCAAGGCCGCAAAGAACCCGUGGGUGGGGAUGGCAGUGGCGGCGGAGCCGGCGUGCUCUGGAACCUGGCCACCCCCGGGCGGAGGUAUAGAGUCUUCGAGGCCGCGCCGCAGGGCACCAGGGGCAUGCCUGCGAAGAAGCCCGUCGGGGAAUAUUUCUUGUAACAUUACCACUUCUGCUACUACUUUUACUAUCACCAGGUCCAGGUCCAGGUCUAGGACUGGGACUAGGAUUGGUUCAGGGUCUGAGUCUAGGGUAUUAUCUGUGAAAGAAAGCGAAAGCGAAAGGCAAGAAAUCGCCCUCAUGCUUCGGACGCUGAGACGCAGAUACACACCUACCUACCUACCUACCUACCUACCUACUAGUACCUACUACUGUGCCCCUUCGAGACACGAGUGGAAGGGAAUCUAUGCAACCAGCUGGCCCUGUCGACCUUAGUUCCCAAUACUCCAAGCAUAAGUGCGGUGGGCGAGUACGGUCUUGCUCCCCGUGCCCGUUUGAGAUUGAGAUUUAUGUACCUCGUGCCGAGUAGGUACUCCAGGUACUCCAGGUACCGAGUACAUGCAAGGGGCAUGUAUGUUUGUGGGAGGUUAGAGGGCUGAGGGAAAUAGGAGAACAGGGACGGUAUUAGGAGGUCAGUCAGUCAGGGACGACACAGGGAGGACAAGGGGACGAUGGUAUUAGGGGUUGCAGCACGGAUUAUUUUUCCCCUGGGGCCCAAAUGCCUCGAUUAAUCGAUCGUCAAGAUCCUCCGCCUCGGGGCAGUCAGCCGCUCGCCAUGUCUAGUAUUAUCAUUCC